AUGGAUGUGGCACCUGAAGAGCUUCCUGGACUCUAUUCUUGGGUUGAUGGGAUUCCGUUGUCAAGGCCGAAGAGAAACAUCGCUCGGGAUUUCAGUGAUGGAGUACUAGCGGCAGAAGUUGUAGCACAUUAUUGCCCACGGCUUGUGGAUAUUCACAACUACAGUGCUGCCAACAGUCUUGCUCAGAAGAUUUACAACUGGAACACUCUCAACAACAAGGGUUUUAGACGUUUAAACUUUUCCUUAACCAAGGAAGAUGUCGAGGCAGUGGCAAAUGCUGAAAACCAAAUGAUCGAAAGAAUACUUAAGCUUUUGAAAUAUAAGGUAAAUGUCUUCCGCUCCAAAUUCGGUUUAGAAAUUGUCAUAUUCUGGCAGAUUGCCAAGUACAGGCCGAUUAAAACAGAGUCAAUGAAGCACGAGCAUAAUGGUCAUGUUGUACAGAGUCCGAAAAGGACAGAUUCUCCAGAGAGACAGGAAAAGGAUGGAAUGAAUGAAUCCCAAAAGGAUAUUCAACUCCGAGAGCUCCGGGAGACAAUCGAGAAUCUGCCCAGAGUCCCUAUGUUAGGCGCCAACUUUGACCACGUCAAAGGGAGGCUCAAGGAUAUAUUAAGGCAUGUUAGGGUGAGGGAUUUAACCUACCUAGGGCUCACAGUGGAGCGGUAG